GACAUGUGUUAUGUAUGAUAAGUAUUGAAAUAUAUAUAGUAGGGAGUGCUAUGAAUGAUGGAAGGCUUCUUGGACACUUUGGAGGAUUGGCUGCUGGACUGUGGGGAGGCUUAUCCAUCUGGCAAUGACACUGCAGGCACUGUUGUGCACUUGCAGGCUCCUUCAGUGCUGCCCUCAUUGGCGGAGACAGGCGGUCUGACUGAGCAGCAGGCACAGCAGCUGCUGGCCGUGUGUGACACUCAGUGCGAGAAGCUCCUCACUGCCAUCUUUGCUCUACUGGAAGAAAGGAACAAGUACUGCGAGCUGCUGGACCAGGUGCUGCGGCAACUGUUCCUGCUCUCCCGCUGCCACCUCAGCAAACUCAGGCUCUUUGCGUUGCAGUUCUCGCCCUCUCUUAUAUACAUAGAUCUUCUUUCACUCUCAACUGGCGAUGCAAAAAUGGUGUCGAGCGUGGAGCUGGUGCUGCUGGCGCUCUACAACUGCGAGGUGCUCAACGAGCUCGGCCAGUUCAGGCUACCUCACUCCAGACUGCCUACACUCGCACGCCACAGCAUUUACCAUGACCCGGCAUCGCUGGGCCCCGCGUCAUUCAGCGCGGACUCGCUAGUUCGGUACGAGCGCUCAGAGGAACGUCUGCCGCCCCUGCCACCUGCCACCCUGCCUCUGCCUGGCGUUGCUCCUCCGCCUGCACACUCCGUUGCCAUCAGAGAAGGCAGCAUGAGCAGCAACAGCAAUAGCAGCGGUGGUGGGGCCAACAGCAGCAUCAACAGGAAGAACAGCACUGUUAACAACAGCAGCAGUCAGCACCUGUCUAGCAUGACAGCAGCUACCCGUCCCGUCGUCCUGUCUUCUGUCAUGGCUGCCUUCAACGCCACCGUCUCCUGUCUGCACCGAACUGCGCUUCUGCAACUCUGCAGAUACACAUCCAGGCUGGUGACGCACGGCCUGCCGCGCUCAGGCGCCCACCAGCAGAGGUCGUCCUGGUCGGAGGGCGCCAGCAACACGGGCGCCGUCCCUGCGCUGCCCACACCUCGCCUCGCUGCCUCCCCUGACCUCCUCCUGCAGCUCGUGCUCGCUGCCUACGCUGCUGUCCACAAGUUGGGCGAGAGCGAAGUUCCCGACGAAGAUAGUUCUCCUAGCAACGGUACUGUACCUAACCCUACAGCUAAGAAGAAGAGCAACAGUUUGCCUUCUCUGCAUCACCACCAUCAUCAUCAUCACCGUCAUCACAAACGCUCCAGGUCAUCGGGUGGGAGCGAAUGCGUGUGCGUGGCGAUACAAGCGAUCGAAGACAUUCAGCUGCGCUGUGAGUGCGACCUGCUGCCUGACAUGCUGCACCUCUGUUAUGCUGUCACGCACAGCCUCAAGCAUGACAACAUCAUCAAUGGUGAAGGCAGCGACGCGUCGCCCCUGGUGUACGUGCCCCCGCCGCCCUCCACGCCCCUCGCCAAGACCUGCAUCACCAACGCCUCCUUCAGGACCAAGAAGCUCCCAGAGGACAUCCCGGUGCAGCCGCUGGAGGGCGCCGCGGUAGGCGACCCCAAAGUUCUGGUGUCCAUCAGCGAGGACACGGACGGGGAAGGUAGGGAGGACGGGCCCGUCCCCGGCGAAGGGGGGUCCUCGCUGGGGGCUGGGGCGAAGCUGGCUGGAAUUCUGAGGAGGGAAGGCAGAGAUUCCGGCCGCAAAGAAAGUAACAGGGACAGUGAAGGCUCCAAGGAGAAGUCCAGCAGCAAGUUCACUCCUACCAAGUUCACCUCGAGUAACAUUGUCAUCCCAGGCCUUAAACGCAAAGACAAGACCAAGAAUGGCGACAAGAAGGACAAGGAGAACGUGGAUGAAGGACGCAAGAGUGACAGUAAAAGAGACCGGAUGAAGGAGCGCAGCAACGGCUUCACCAACGGCAGUCGCAGCGGAAGCGGCGUUCAGAGCAGCGUAGAUGGCGGCGACGCGACAGACUGCAGCGGCUCAGAGGACGCGUCGCCUACCAAAGGGGCGGGCAAAAGUAGCAGCAAGUACCACAAGGAGCAGGAGCAGCUGCAGCAGCUCAUCGAGAUGAGGAUAAUCAACAGGCCGUCCUCGGCGUCCUUGCACGACCAGCCGCAGGGCUCCCCACAGCUGUCGCACAGCGGGCCCCCGCCCUCCGCGGUGCAGCAGCUGAGGCAGCAGGACAGCGCCAGCCUCUCCGACUCCUACUCGUCCUCCCCCGGAGUCGCGGAACACAACAACUCCGACGGGGCGUCCGAGUAUCGCAAGCUCGACUCCGUUGAUUCUGGAGAGGCUUUGGGUUCUGUUUAGGUUUAUAUCAACUUUAAUAGAGACUAUAACUUCACACGUUAAUAGCCAUUAACCGCACACGUUAGUGGCCUCUGACCGCUCACGUUGGCGGCCGAGUUCACUGUUGUUUUGUGUCUUUUAGGGAGGCUUUUUGUGUUUCUGCUGUUGAAGGAUAUUGUUUUUACCUGUGGCUUAGUUGGCUCUAAUUUUACCAACGGUCAAAUUUUGAUUUGGUCACAUAAAUUUAUUAUAAUUUUUAUUUAGAUAUAUUAGAAGCGUGAUUUAGAUAUGUUGGAAGGGUGAUGAUUCAGACCUAACCUAAUCCACGUCUGCGUGUGACUUAUCAACAAAUUUGUUCCAUCUCAAGUGGCGCCAAAGUUCGGUUCAAUUGAAUUCAAGUGCAUGAAUUCGCCUUAUCGGGUGUUUGUUGUAAUAAUUUUUUUUAAUUGUACAAGGUGGUUAAGGUUCUGCUUGUUAAUAUCUUGAGUUCAUGCAGCAAUUCCGUUCAAAGAUAAAUGUAUUUUUCAGGUUGUUCGUGUCGUCUAUGCAAUAAUGAACAUCAUCUUAUUAGUCCUUCAUUUCAUUUCACCACGAUUAUUUUCAUAUUUUUUAAGUAAGCUCGAAUGUGAGUUACAGUGUAACUCACAUUCGUGUGAAAUACACAUGUAAGCUUUGUGAAAGUUACAUAAGGUGUUCACCAAAUUUCCUCAGUAGACUGUUUCCAAUUUUUGUAAUGCAACUUAUGCUAUGUUUUAUACAAAGAGUUUUAAACAUCCUCA